AUGUCUGGAUUCAUUCGUGACGCCGAGCAGGCCUUCGAGGGCGGUAACAACAACCAGCAAGACAGCAGCUUCGGCAACCAGGGAGGAAACUUCGACAACAGCAACCAGGGCGGAUUCGACAGUGGAAACCAGGGUGGCUUUGACAAUGGCAACCAGGGUGGAAACUUCGACAGCUCCAACCAGGGCGGCAACUUCGACAACAGCAACCAGGGCGGCAACUUUGAUAGCAACAACAACAGCAGCAACAAGAGCGGCGGUGGCUUCGAGAACACCCUCAAGACAGGUGGUGAAGACGCUAUGCUGAACAGUGCGGCCAACAGCUUCAUGACCAAGGAAGGCGUUCCCCAGGGUGCUGAUGGAGCCAUCGACGGCUUCAUGGACCAAGAGGCCAACAAGUUCAUGUAA